AAUCGAAAAAUUGAAAAUGGCUGCUGUGUUAUAGGCACGCGUUGUUCAAUGAAGAUUUUUAUUUGGAGUGGUUUAGCAUUUAUUUCUUCUUCACUGUCUUUAGCUUAGUGUUUAGGACGAUACACUUGUUUUUUUUAACGUAUAAAAGUGUAAAAGUAAAAGUGUGUAGUGGUGUUGCGGUUUUAUUUGCGAAAAAUUUGUUAAUACUUGUGGCUUAUCUAUGCGAACAUUUGUGUGGCCUUUUCCUAUAAUAUAAUGUAUAUGUAAUGAAAAAAAUGUAAGAGUGUGAUUGAUUUUGUAUUGAAAUGUCCGUUCACUACAAAUUCAAAAGUGCGUUAGAUUAUGACACAGUCACUUUUGAUGGACUGCAUAUAUCUGUAGGUGAUCUGAAAUCUGCGAUAUCACAACAAAAACGUAUAGGGAAGACAUCAGAUUUUGAUCUACAAAUCACGAAUGCUCAAACAAAAGAAGUGUAUGUGGAUGACAACACUUUAAUUCCCAAAAAUACAUCUUUGCUUGUUGCUAGAGUCCCCCUCUCUCAGCAACCAAAAAAGCAGUGGGAAGGUUCAAAUAGUGCAACUGUACAACAUAAAGAUGCAGUUGUUAACAAGGGUUUGGCUGAUCUGUCUCGCAUGGAAGGUAGCGAACAGGAUAAAAUAAAUGCUAUGAUAUCACAAUCCACUUUUGACUAUGACCCUAGCAACUACCAAAAAAUUAGAGGUCAGAAUCAAAGAGGAGUAGUACCGUCCAAUUACGUCUGCUACAAGUGUCAGAAACGUGGUCAUUGGAUCAAAGACUGCCCUUUAGCAAAUUCUGGAGAACCAGUAGAAAUAAGAAGGAGUACAGGAAUACCCCGAAGUUUUAUGGUACCAGUAGAAGGUCCAAAAGCACCAGGUGCAAUGAUGACCCCAAGUGGCACUUUUGCAGUGCCUGUUGUUGACCAUGAGGCCUACUUGGCAUCGGAGAAUGCGGGGGGUGCAGACACACCCACAAAUGCCCCAGCUGCUCCAGAACCUAACAUACCUGAUGAAUUAAUCUGCAGUUUAUGCAGAGACUUACUCACUGAUGCUGUAAUGAUUCCAUGUUGUGGGAAUUCAUUUUGUGAUGAAUGUAUAAGGGGUGCUUUACUUGAAUCUGAAGAUCACGAAUGUCCUGACUGUCGUGAAAAAGAGAUAGCCCCUACUACAUUAAUCCCUAACAGGUUUUUAAGAAAUUCCGUAUCAUCAUUUCGUAAUCAAACUGGGUAUAGUAGAAGGGUUCCUCAUCGUCCUGUUGUGCCACCAAUGCAGCCACAUCCAGUUAUUGAGCCACCGAUUAUGCCAGGUCAUCCACCUGCUAAUGCUGCGGGUCAGCAGGGAUUGCCGAUGGCUGGACCACCGCCUGCGAAUUUAAAACCACCAGGUUUGGACACUCCACCAAAUCUACACAAUCCACCAAUGCAAAGAAUAGAUGAGCAAAGAGCAAGUACGCCGACCAUAGAUGAAAGAAGAGAUCCAUUAUCUUCACAGGUUGUCUACAAUCGUGGACCUCCACCACCUUAUAUGGCAGGUGUGCCACCUCCAUCACGGCGUUAUAACAACCCACCAUACGGAAGACAUGAACCACGUGGAGCUGUACCUCCGUUUAACGAUCGCUACGCGCAUGAACCGUAUCAGCCGCGACCACCGGGAGUUAAAGAUUCGCCUACUAACGGGCACGACGACGAUCCACUGGAGGCGUUCAACCGGAUGAUACGUGAGAAGGAGAUGCGAGCGAAGCGGCGCGAGGAGGAGCGGCGGCGGGCACAGUCAGGGUCGCACUCUCGUUCGCGGUCGCCGCGCUCGUUGCGGUCGCCGCGUUCGCCACGCGCAGGCCGCCCGUCCCGCUCCCCGCGCCCGCCGCCGGCCCGCUCGUCGCGUUCGCCCCGUCCUCUGCGUUCGUCGCGUUCGCCGCGCUCGCCCCGGUCACCGUUACCGCGCUCGCCCCGCGCGCGCCCCCGCAGCCGUGCAUCCAGCCGACUCCGCUAUUCUAGAUCGCGAUCUUUGUCACGCGGUCGACUGCGUCGAUCGCCCUGGUCUCCGAGACGCCGCCGUACCCGUGAAAGGACUUUGUCGUUGACGAGGUCUCCAUCGCCUCGCCGCCGACACAGAUCGCCGCUUCGGUAUCGCUCGCCUUUGCGGUCGCCGCUGCGCUCGCCGCUGCGAUCACCGUUGCGUUCCCCGCCACGCUCUGCACCGCGAUCGCCGCUGCGUUCGCCGCCGCGCUCUCCCCUGAGAACUCCGCUACGUUCGCCGCUGCGUUCGCCGUUGCGUUCGCCGAGACGUUCGGCGAUGCGCUCGCCUCCACCACGGCCUAUGUCACCUCAUCGGUACACGGGAGUUUACGACGAAAUGUUGUCGCCGCCACCACGUAAUGUUGAGCCGCCUUACGGACCCAGGUAUAGUUCGAGAAACAAUUUACCUCCACCUAUCUAUCCUUCUAUGGGUGCAAAACCAAUGCUCCCAAUAGAUAAUCUCCCAAUUCAAACGGAACCACCACCAGGUUACCGUGGACGGUAUGAGCCUCCACCAUUUGAAGACAUACCACCAGGCGUGGAACCGCCUGUUCCUGGAUUUGAACCGUCGCCAUUUGAGAAACCACCAUUCCAUCCACCUGGGCUUAUGGAUAGGGAAAGACUUCCACCUCCGAAUUAUAGGGAAUCUUAUAGGCCGCCAUAUGUGGAUGGUCCGGGAGGAUUCAGAGACGUUCCCAUUGCCAAUGUUCCGAAUGAAAUACCCAUUCAUGUAGGUGAUCAACCAAGAUAUCGUGAUAAUUAUAGAUCUUAUCGUGAUCAAGGCCAAAUGCCUUUUAGAGAUGGUCAGGGUUAUCGAGACGUACCACAAGGGCCACCGUAUAGGGAAGGUAACUUUAGAAACGGGCCGCCAUUUAGAGACAAUUCUUAUAGAAAUAAUCCCUAUAGAGAUGGUGGUUACAGAGACAAUCAGCCUCAUAAUUUCCGUGAGGGAGCCCCACCCUUUCGCCCUCCUAGUACUGAUCCACGGGAGCAACCACCACCCAACUACCAUGAUCCAAACUAUCGUGACGGCUUUAGAGAUGAUAAUAAUGUUGUUAGGGAUCAUAUGCGACCUGGUUAUAGACAACCUAAUGUACGUACUAGAGGAGGUUCAAGGCGUAAUCCGAAUGUUGAACAAGAAAGACAUGGCCGUGAAAGAGAGCGUUUUAAUGAGAAUAGAGAUCCAGAUAGAGUCAGAGAAUUAGAAAAGCGACCUGGAUAUGACAAGCCCCGUGAUAUGCGUGAGGGACGUGAGGAUCGGUCUCGUGAUUAUGAAAGAAGUCGCGACCACGAUAAAGAAAGGGACCGGGAUCGAGACAUGACACCUGAAAAGAAAAAUCGCGGCUCACCUAAACGUUAUCGAGAAGUAAGAGAUAAGAAACGAAGUGAAUCCAGAGGAAGGUCUCGCGAUAGAGAUAAUAAACGUGAAAAGAAAGAAGAGAGAACCCGAGAGAAGUCUUCUGCAGACAGGAGUAGAGACCAUAAAGACAAAGAUAAGAAGAUGAAAGAAAGGAAAAAGAAGAAGAGAGAAAAAGAAAAGGAAAAAGAAGUUGAUAAGAAAAAGAAGCGCGAAAAGAAAGAGAAGAAAGAUAAAGACUUUAAAAAAGAGGACGAGAAUGGAAAUGAGAAUAUUAAUUCCAAGCCUGAUUUGAAACAAGAAUCAGAAUUAAAAAAUGUUAAACAGGAAAGCCCUAUUCAAACUGAAAACAUUCAUCCGGACGAGAAUGUAGUUAAAGCUCAAUCGCCGAAAGUAGAAUCUGAAAGAAAAUCUCUGAACGAAUUAUAUGGUGAUGACGUGGAAGCUGUAGAUAAAGAAAUUAUACAAAAUUAUGUCAAAGCCGAAGAAGAUGGCAAAACGAAUGAAAAGAACAUUGAAGAUAUAGCAGCUAAGGAAGAACCAUUUGAUGGCAUAGAACUCCAAGCUAAUGCUGAUGAACUAGAUUUGAAAAGUGAUACCGAAAACGUUAAUCAAAAUAAAGAAAUGUUGGCACCCUUACCAGAACUGUCAAAAUGGGAAGUGGACGAUGAAACUACUGAUAAAAUUAAAGAGCCCGGUGAAAUCACUUCGCCUGAAACAGAGGAGGAUGGUGGUAAAGUUACGUCAGAUGUAAUAAAAAGAGCAGAGAAUGCUAUAUUCGCGAAGGCAAUUAAUUCUUUAAGACCUAUAGAAAUAAAGAAAAUAAGUAGCGAUCGUCUUAAGUUAUAUGGUGACGAACAAACUAAGGGAUCUAUGAAUAACAUUCAAAUUACUGUUCCUGUCACUGAUUCCGAAGUAAGGGGGAUUGGGGUUAAUGACAAAAAAAGAUCUUCCAAGACACCGCCCCCCAGGUUAUCAGUUAAAGAGCGACUAGGUGGAAAAAUAGAAGAUGUACGUAGAACCAGGGAAACUCGCGUUGUACAUAGUACCGUAGAACGAGUAAAGUCGCGAUCAAAAACUCCUAAAAAAGAACAACCAUACCGUAGGGUAAUGGUGGAUAGAGAAAGAGUUCGAAAACCUGACACGUUUAGUAGGCCUGAUUCUCUAAAAAGUGAGCGUAGAAUAGUAUCAGAGGGUUCAAAACCCAUUGAUAAGUAUCGUCAUAGGAGUCCUGGGGGUGAAAACAAAAAGAGGGAUUUGGAUAAAAAAUCCAGAGAAGAUAAAAAGGGUAGUAAUAUUGAUAGUAAUAAUUCACGAUUACGUCAAGAGAAAGAGGUCGCUACAGACGUCAAGAAUCAAAAUAUAGAUCGCGAACGAAAGAAAUCUAUCCUAGAUGAAGCGCAUUUUGAACCGGAUUAUGACGAAACCUUGGAAUCUGAUAAUGAAGCCAAAGACGAGGGUACUAAGAAAAGGGAACAUUCAACUUCACCAAGUGGUCCCAUUGAAGCAAAGAAAGUAAAACUUGAGGCCGAAACAAUAAAAUUGGAUCUAACAAAUGUGAAAAAGAAACCAGAAUCAGACAGUGAAUCUUCUAGUGAGUCUGAUGAUACGUCAUCGUCAUCGUCUUCUGAUGCACGUAAGAAGAAAAGAAAGAAGAAGCGUGCAAAGAAAAAGAAAAAGCGGGCGGCUAGUGACAGUGACAGCGAGUCAGACUCCGACUCAGACGAUCAUAAAAAGAAAAAGAAGAAAAGGAAACAUAGGAAGAAGUCAAGCAAGAAGAAGAAAAAAUCCAAACACAAGUAA